AUGGCGAUAUCAGAAGAUGAGAUCCAGCCUGUGGGCCCUUCUACGACAGGAGAGGAUGUUCGGCUGGAGCAUUUGGGCUAUGAGCAGGAGCUCAAACGGUCAUUCGGCCUCCUGGGUAUGAUCGGCUUCAGUUUCAGCGUCGUCACCUCAUGGACCGCAUUAAGUGGUGUCUUCAUUGUUGGCGUCACGUCGGGAGGUCCCCCGGUUAUGGUCUUCAGUUUCAUCGGUGUCAGCCUUCUCACCUUAGCCGUCGCCAUUCCCAUGGCUGAAAUGUGUUCGAUGUAUCCAGUGGCUGGAGGUCAAUACUCGUGGGUGGCUGCCUUGGCUCCCCCAAAGAUCUCCCGCCAAUUAUCAUACAUAACCGGAUGGUUCAUGCUGAUAGGACUGCUCGCCAUGGGCGCAACCAACAACUCCAUUGCCGCACAAUUCGUACUCGGAAUGGCGAAUCUCGUCUUCCCAUCCUACGAGAUCCUGCGUUGGCAAACCGUCUUAGUAGCCUACCUCGUGGCGAUCCUCGCUGCUGCCAUCAACAUCUGGGGCCCGCAUCUACUAAACCGGAUCUCCCGCUUCAUUCUUAUCUGGAACAUCACCGCCUUCUUCAUCACCGUCGUCGUCCUGCUCGCCACAAACGACCACAAGCAAUCUGCAUCAUUUGUCUUUGUCGAAUUCCAAAACUUCACCGGCUGGGACCGAGCCAUGGCCGCCAUCGUAGGCAUCCUACAAGCCUGCUUCGGGAUGUGCUGCUACGACGCCCCGUCCCACAUGACCGAGGAGAUGAAAUCCGCCUCGAAACAAGCACCACAAGCCAUCAUAAUGUCAGUUGUCCUCGGCGCCAUCACCGGCUUUGCCUUCCUUCUAGUCCUCUGCUUCUGCAUCGGUGAUAUCACCACCACUCAGAACUCCCCUACCGGAGUCCCCGUCAUCCAGAUCUUCUACGACUCCACCGGUAGCAAAGUAGCAGCCUGCUUCCUAGCCAGUAUGAUUGCCGUGAUCGUCAUUGUCGCAGGGAACAACAUCCUCGCCGAGGGCUCUCGCUGCGUCUACGCCUUCGCCCGCGACAACGGUCUCCCGUUCAGCCAAUUCCUCGCUAAAGUUGACAAAAAGCGUCAGGUUCCUAUCAAUGCAGUUUUACUCACAUUGAUCGUUCAGCUCGCCCUGGAUGCAAUUGACUUUGGCACCUCGACGGGCUUUGAGACCGUCAUUGCUAUUUCCACUGAGGGUUUCUAUCUCUCCUACGCCAUGGCCCUCGGAAGUCGUCUCCUAGGCUACGUAACCAACCACCGACGAACCCUUACAGGUCCAUUCGCCCUCCCCACCUCAAUGUCGAUUAGUCUGAACGUGCUGGGCCUGUUGUUCCUGCUUUUCGCGUCCAUCACGUUCAACUUCCCGGAGUCUUAUCCGGUGACGAAGGACUCGAUGAACUAUACCAGUGCUGCGAUUGGAGUAAUUGGAGUGAUUAGUGUGGCGACGUGGGUAGUGACAGGGCGGAAGCAUUUCACUGGCCCAGGGGCGUGGGAUGGAAAUGGGGGUAGGGUUACGGAGGGGAAAGUGGUUGAGUUGAACGAGGAGAAGGAAGUUGAGAUGGAGAAGAGGGGAUGA